AUGCAACCCAUACAUUCAUCAAAAUCAGAUAUUCCUCUAGUAUCAUCUCCACACCCAACCCUUAGCUCACUCAUCGGAAAAGAAAACAAUCAACCUUUAACACCUUUGUCUACAAAACGAAAGCAAGUAUUGAUUAAUGAAAAGAAUACAAAUAUUCUUCAAUUAUGGGAUCAAAAAUUACGUUUAUCAAAUGAUCGAAUGGAGGCUUAUGCUCUUAAUGAAAUGGCAAAUAUUGAACGAAUACGUAAUGUUGAACAACAAAUAACUUCUUCAGUUGAUGAAAUUACUAAUAAUUUCAAACAACGUAUUCAAUCAAUUCUUUCAGAUAAUCAAUUAUUAUUAACACAAGUACCUCAUACAUUAGCACCUUCAACUCUAUUUAAAGAUGGACAACAAAUGACUAGUGAAGCAUUUUUUGAUGAAAUGAAUAAACGUUAUUUUACGGAUGAUAAAUCAUUUGAAAAAUAUGCUGAAACUAUUGAGCUAUUUCGAUCAACAUAUUUAAUUUUGAAAAAGAAUAAUGAUCAAUUACGAGAACAAAUGAAAAAUCUUAAUAUAAAUCAAGAAUUACUCGAAAUGCAAGAACAAUUAGAAAAAACAUUAUUAGAACGAGAUAGUUAUUUAUCAUUAUAUACAAUGACAAAAAUACGUGCUGAAAAAGCGGAAGAAAAAAAUAAAAAAACGAAUGAACAACAACAAUCAAUUGUUGAAUUACUUGUUGAAAAAUUUGGUUUUGUCGAUCGUAUACUUGAUUCAAAUACUCUUCUAGCACGUGAUUUAUUUAAACCAGAUACAAAUAUUGAAAUAUUCACUAAUUUUAAUGUACAACUAAGUACAGGUGAACAAGGUUAUAUUGAAACAGCUAAAGGUUGUCCACAGGGAAAAUUCAAAAUAUGUAUACCAAAUGGUAUUUCAAGUGAAACACGAGAACUCAUAAUGAGAAAUGAUGAUGAACCAGUGCGUGUUAUUGUUAAAUUUCGAAAAUAUCUUUUUCAAUCAGAUAUGAAUUUAAAUGAAACGAAUUAA